UCCGGAGAAACAGAGCACCCACCAGCUCUUCUAUGCGCUCGUUUAAUUAUACCUCCGUCGAGAAUCCGAUUUAAACGAGGCCAUGGUGGAUGUUGACAGACGAAUGGCCGGCCUCGCCACCGCCCACGCCGCCGGACUCCGCCGUCUCUCCGCCCGCGCCGCAGCCUCCGCGCCCUCCUCCCCUUCGUUCUCCGUAUCGCAUCGCGGCGGCCUACUAUCCUUCCGCCCCCUCGCGGAAUCCAUCCUCGCCUGCCUCCGCGCCGCCUCCAUUCCUGUCCUCCCCGGUCUCUCCGAUGCUGAGCUCGCGCGCCUGGAGGCCGACUUCGGCCUAUCCUUCCCACCGGACCUUCGCGCCCUUCUGGUCCUCGGCCUUCCCUCCGCUCCCGGCUUCCCUGACUGGCGCUGCCCGGAGGCCGCUCCCGGCCGUCGCCGCCUCCUCCUCCGCGCCAGAUUAGACCUCCCCCUCGCCGCCGCUUCACUCCAAGUCGCUCGCGGCGCGCUCUGGCCGAAAUCGCGGGGGGCCUGCCCGGCGGACUCCGAUCGAGCUCUCCGCCACGCCCGCGCCGCCCUUCGCCGUGCCCCGCUUCUCAUCCCACUCUUCGACCGCUGCUACCUCCCCGCCACCCCGUGCCUCGCCGGCAAUCCCGUGUUCUAUGUCGACGAGCACAAAGUAUUCUGCUGCGGCUUCGACCUCGCUGACUUUUUCCAAAGGGAGCCCGCUUUCCACACCGUUUCCGAUUCGCGGCCGCAUCUGAUCCGAUCCCCAAAUCCCCCGCUUCCGCCGCCUCCUGCCCGGCGGAGCCUUGACUCCGUGGCCGGGAGGACACCGCGGUGGAUCGAGUUUUGGAGCGAUGCCAGCUCGAAUCGUCGCCGCCGGAACUCCUCUUCUUCCUACUCGUCCUCAUCCUCCUCCUGCAGAUCGGCAUCGCCGGAUCGGUUCGUGGAGAUCCGAUCUCCGAGGCGACUGCCAAGCUGGGUCGACGGCUACCUGGACAGAGUCGGAUCGGUGCUCCGAUCGGCCGGCUGGGACGACUCGGAAGUGAGCGAAAUCGUUGGCGUUCCGGCCUCCGGAAUGUUCGACGGUGAAGACGAGGCGGGGACAGCGGCGAUUGACUCCGAGGCGGCGCUGGACGCGCUGCUUGUGAAGGCGGAUCACUGCUCCGACUCGCUGAGGCGAGCAGGCUGGAGCUCCGACGACGUCUCCGACGCACUGGGAUUCGACUUCCGGCAACAGCGGCGACGGGGGAAGAGGGACCCGGUGAAGAUACCGUCGGAGAUGGCCCUGAAGGCGGAAAAGCUAGCGAAAGCGGUAGCCCGAUCCUGACUUUCUGACAGCGUCCAAAUCCAUAACCGCCUUUCUGUUUUUUUUUUUUUUUUUUUGUUGUUGUUGUUGCUCCUUUUAACCAACUGGGGCAUCCAUACGGAACGGGAAGCCACCGUAUAACGG